AUGGUCCUCUAUCAGCUCGCGGACGUGGAGACCCCGGUUCUCUCACAAUUCUCCCUCAAAGGCAAAAUCGCAAUCGUUACGGGAGGUUCAAGAGGGAUUGGCCUGCAGGUAGUUACUGGCUUGGCAGAGGCCGGUGCAGAUGUCGCAUUCAUCUAUAAAAGCAGUACAGAUGCAGCUGAGACUGCUGCAUCUGUAGCCAGGAAGACUGGCCGGCGUGUCCAAGCUUAUCAGUCAGAUGUGACGGAUCGGGCGCGCAUCGCCAAUACAAUCAGACUGAUCACGGAGGAAUUCGGAAACGGCCGGGUGGAUAUCGUCGUCGCUAAUGCCGGUGUCUGUGCCAAUGUCCCGUCGCUAGAAUACACGGAAGAGAGUUGGCAUUAUAUGAACAGUGUGAAUUACGACGGGGUAAUGUGGACCGCCUUAGCUACCGGUCAGCUGUUUAAAAAGCAAGGGAGAGGGACCUUCAUUAUCACAGCAUCUGUCAGUGCGACGCUCGUGAAUACACCGCAGACGCAGGCUGGGUAUAAUGCUUCUAAAGCUGGCGUGCUUCAAUUAGCUCGAAGCCUGGCAGUCGAAUGGGCGGAUUUCGCACGGGUAAAUUGCGUGUCUCCAGGAUACGUUCUAACUGAAAUGGUAACGAAGCAGCCAAAGGAGUUGAUGGACAUAUGGUUAGGUCAGAUCCCUGGCCGCCGAGCUUGUCACCCGGCAGAAUUGAAAGGCACAUAUGUCUUCCUAGCAAGCGACGCGUGCUGCUACAUGACGGGUUCGAAUUUGAUAAUCGAUGGAGGCUUCACCAUACCUUAG